AUGAGGCCCUACAUGUUGGCGUCUAAGUUUCCCGUGAUCAGCGUCGCCGACCCCAGAGGGGGUUGCGACCAUGUGACCAACCCCAAGGCGGGCCUGGCCGAGGACAAGCGAGCGGCGAUCGACGUCGCCAUCGUUCGAGCUGCCACGCAGCGGCCAGAAGUACAUCUGCGAUGGAUCGGGGGGGCCAGCCAGCUCGCAGAUCCACUGACAAAGCGCAAGGGCGAGAGCGCACUACUACGACAAGCGCUACACGGCGGGGAGUACGGCAUCGCCGUCGACAGUAUCGUACUACGCCGUAGGUACGAGGACAGAGUUAAGCGUCAGAAGAAGGAGACCGUCAGUUCCGCCUGCGUGACGGAUUGUUGCUUCUCUGGCCUCCACCUCUACGAGAUGGACUGCACUGGCGCUUCUCGCGCCAUCAGUCCUGGUGAAGAACGGGACAAGAAGGAGGCCAGGCAGGAGUUGUCGCGCGGCAAGGGCGGCAAGGCGAGAGACGGCGAGAACGUAAACAUACGGGGGGCCUUGGUGACGGUGCAGAAGUUGGUGCUGCGCAACAGCCAGGAGAACAGAGACCUGAUCAACGGGGUCUUCGAUUUCUGGCUGGUCCCAGGAUCGUCGAGCAUGGUCACCGCUGGGGCCAACACAGGCCAAGGCUACAACAACGCGGUGAAGAAGAUGGGGGGCAAGUUGCAGGCGGCGAGCAAGGCCAUCCUCACGGAGUGGGUGGGCAUGGCCAACGGGGAGCACGGGCAAAGGCUCGUGGACGCGACGUCCAGCAUGUUCAGGAUCAAGAAGGCCUACCAGCGCGAGAGCGACAUGGAGGAGAUGUUCAAGGUCAUUUUCGGGAUCAGGCCGCUGGUGGACUUCAAGACAGCGCUUAGGCUCGGGCACGCAACGCCAGAGGCCGUGGCUCAGGUACGCCAACUUCAACCAGCGCUCCUCCGAGAGGCCCUGAACCACGCGUGGUUCCUGCAGAAAGGCACGAGGCCGAUGGGGGCAGGGCCGAACACAAAGCUGGAGAGGAUGGUGGAGGCGCAGCUGAGGCAGCUAGUGAAACAGGGCACCCUGACGAAGAAGCAGAGCGGAGCCAUAGUGGGCCUGCCCGAGGCGCCGCAGGCGGCGGGCCCCUUCCCGCCCCUGCCGGCGGACCCGCGCCUGGAGCCCCGCGGGGCGCUGGUGCACGCGGAGGGGCCCGAGGCCGGCAGGCUCGUGGACGGCGCCUACAAG